AUGCGAGGGUUGGCAGUGACCACUUCAGUGUUGUUAGCCUGCAGUUAUUUGGUGGGAGCAAGCAACGACUACGCUGGAAACCCCGUCGCAACUCUCGACUACGACUACGAAGUUGCAGGCCUGCCGUACUUCGUUGUGUCCUCCGUUUCCAACGGACCUGUGGACGUAGAAGUCAAAUACUCGGAGCAGUUUUCCGUACUUUCCACCAACUUCUCGGACGGACCCUCGCAAUACGCCACCGCCGUCGCAAACUCGCGCCGCGUAGAGACGCACCGCUUUACGGAGAAGGAGAUCAAUGUGACGGUGACGUCCAUGUUAAGCCAACCCGGUCAACGUUGGCAGACUCUGCGUUUGCUGAGUGGCGACUCCAUCAUAUUCUCAAAUGUCGGUCUUCAAGCCUCAGUUGAAGUGAUUGAUGAUCUGUCCACGCUUCCGGGCCAAUUUUCGAGUUCCAACGCCAAGUAUAACGAGAUUUGGAAACUCGGUGCACGCGCAGUAAGCGCUGCUUGUCUGGAUGCUGGUAGUCAAGUGUCGUCUUGGCGUGUGUCCGAAGAGAACGGCACAUUUGUACCUAAUCCACGACCGGGAGUGUCGUAUAAAGCGUGGAAUCUGAGCGAUUACACACUCGGGUUUGAGAGCCAAAUCAUCCGCGGGGGCCUCGGAUUUUACAUUGGCUAUGACAUCACAGCGAACCGAGGAUCGCUCAUGUUCCACUUGUCAUCGGAAUAUCCCGCUGACUCAACGUACGUGAACAUCAACACGACUUUAUUUCCACCCAGCACACUGACCCUUACGUAUGGCUUCGACUUUGUCAACGCCACAGACAUGACAAGUUACGUCCUUGGUACGUCUCGUGUGCCUUUCGACGUGAAGGAACAUGUGUGGUAUCGUUACUCGACGACUGGGAAAGGUGCUAUCGGCUUUGGUGGCUGGCAAGACCAGGCAUCCUAUGUUCGUAACGUGAAAGCCACGAGUCUGAAUGACUCGUCCAAGACGCUCUACACGAACCCGAUGACAGACGAAAGCGUAGUACUACCGGAGUUCGGCGUGCAGUCUAAUACGUACGCCGCGUGCCUUGAUGGGGCAAAACGUGACCGAUACAUUUGGUUAGGCGACUUCUACCACACCACUCGCAUCAUGGGCGUUGCCAACUCAAAACCUGAACAGAUAACAGGCACUUGGAAGUAUCUUUUUGAUUACCAGGCUUCAAAUGGGCAAUUUCCAGGCCUAAUGACCAUGACGUACGAGACUCCAAUGCCCACGCCUGAAGUCUUUAUGUUUAACGCUGGCACGAGUGACGCAUACUUGAAUUUCCCCGACUACGACAUUUUGGGGCUGAUCGGGUUCGUGUCGUACAUGGAGUAUUAUGACGAUGUGGAGUUCGCGAAGGCUAACUGGGAGUCGCUGCAAAAAGCUACUGCUUGGUUAGUAAGCUGCCGAGAUAGCAACGGACUUAUCGAUGUCACGAAGUACGUGGCCGUGUUUCUGGGCUCAGGUACCGGUACUGCUGUGAACGCUGCUGCUGUCCAAUGUCUCAAUGGUAUGGCCAAGGUAGCCAAGUCAAUAGGAGACGAAGCUUCCGCUAACCAAUGGGUCGAAGUAGCCUCCAGUAUCAAAACUGCGAUGAAUGAUCUGCUCUGGGACGACACGUUGGGCAACUACGCCGUCGAUGCAUCGACUCCCCAGGUCUAUGGAGUCUCGGCUAUCGCUUUCGCGAUUACUUCUGGGGUGGCAAACGAGACUCAAACUGACAUUUGCGUGAAGAGUUUGGAAAACCUUCGUCGAGGCCCCGGAUACAUCGACACGAGUGUUACGGAUAAUAGUUCCAAGAUCUCACCCAACACGAACGGGUUCCUUCUGGACGCACUACUACAGACUGGACACACAAAUGAGGCUGCUUUUUUGCUUGACAAUCUGUGGGACGCCAUGAUCUCGAACGAGUAUUAUCGUUCCGGAGCAAGUUGGGAGUACGUUUCGCAGUCCCUGGAACCCGGACUCAAAGAGUUCACGUCGUUGAGCCAUCCGUGGGGUGGAGCUCCUACAUAUGUUUUGACCAACUACGUUGCAGGUAUUCGUCCUCUGGUGUUCGGGUUCCGCCACUGGAUAGUGAACCCAAUGGUAACAGGGCUGAACAUCACGAGCGCUAAUGCAACUGUAAGCACCCCGUACGGCGCACUGACGGCCGGGUGGGAGAAAACCGAUAGCAACAUUCUCAGUUCGACGAUCGCUGCACCAUUGGGAACUGAGGGUGUGUUCGAGGUGGCGCUUCUCAACUCGAGCACUUUCCAGCAAAAAUUGGCCGGAACAGGAGAACCGAUCGUGUUCAGCGUUCAGCUUUAG